AUGGCUGAGCAACACCCCCGCCCACAAGAACACCAAGGCUACGAGACUCAGCACCAGUACGGCCAACAACAGCAGCACCAAGGUUUCCAGUACGACGACCAACAGCAACCAAAAGGCUUUCUUCCACAAAAUGGUCCCUCUGCCACGCAUAUUGUAGCAAUGCUCACUCUUGUUCCAAUCGGCGGCACUCUGCUCUUCCUUUCUGGGAUCACGCUCGCUGGGACGAUCCUUGGGCUCGCUGUUUCCACCCCGCUUUUUGUUAUCUUCAGCCCCAUUUUGGUCCCGGCAGCUUUGGUCAUAGGCCUGUCCGUGGUCGGGAUCUUAACCUCGGGGGCUUUUGGGAUCACGGCCCUCUCGUCUUUUUCUUGGUUGGCCCGUUUUCUGAGUCGGAGUCGGAUUCCGGAGAAAAUGGGCCAGAAGGUGCAGGAGACUACGGGGUAUUUGGGCCUAAAGGUGCAGGAGACGGCGGGCUAUUUGGGCCAAAAGAUGCAAGAGACUGGAGGUCAGGUGGGCCAGAAGACUAGAGAAACGGGGCAAAAUGUAGAUAAGUCCCAGGAUGCUGGUAGGGACCAAGAGGGUGGUAGGACCAAAGAAGGUGGCAGGGGACGUGAAGGUGUUACUGUUACUAUUGAGCCAUGA